AUGAUCAGCACGAUCAGCGGAGGCCCCACUCUAGCGGGACCCUACAAUCGGUCAACAAAACAAUAUGUGCGUGCCGCUCACUACCCCCAAGUCUUCGGCAUUGAAGACAAUUGGUGCCGCAAGGUCCCGAAGGUGGGAUGGGAGCCCAUCACAUUUUGCGAAGAAGAGGAAGAAUGGAUCAUUUACCCCCACGAUGACCCAAUGAUCAUUCGGGCCGAAAUGGCCGAUUACGAUGUAGGUCGGGUGCUGAUUGACACUGGGAGUUCGGUGAAUGUGAUUUUUGCCGAUGCAUUCAAAGGUCCAGCCAGUCGGCAAAUAACGCCUCUCCUCAGUUUUUCUGAGGAUCUGGCCCAGCCAGUCGGCAGUAUCAGUCUGCCCAUCGCCUUCGGCGUCGCCCCCAGGAAAACGAUGAACUACGACCAAUUCCUCAUCGUCGACUGCCCAACGGCAUACAACAUCAUCAUAGGGCGAACGGCACUCACCAGAGUCAAAGCCCACAUGUCCCCCCACAUGUUGCUGAUGAAAUUCCCUAUCCACAAUGGUACUGGCGUUAUCCAGGGUGACCAGCUCAGCGCACGGACGUGCUAUGCCACUGCUCUCAAAUCAGUAGCUUGCAAGCCGCCAAUGGAAGCCAUGUCUGUGCAAGGACUACCGAACGGUAGCGGGCCCAUAGACGUCCCAAGAGAGGAAACGCCAAUGCCGGUGGCGCAGCCUGCCGAAGAGCUCGAAACAGUGAUCCUGAACGAGGAUUUUCCCGAUUGGCGGGUAAAAAUUGGCACCAACCUAGGUCCCGACCUACGGAGGCAGUUCAUUGACUUCUUGCGGCAACAGGCGAAGGUCUUCGCCUGGUCUUAG